GAAAACUCCUCUCGAGACAUUGUUACUUGCUACUAUUGUAUAUAUAAUACCUUCUAAUGGCUGUCUGAAUUAUCCAUCAACCUGAAAAACAAGGGAAGAGCCCGACGACAGAAAUAAUGCCGGGCCACCUCGGACACAAGCUCCUCAACGCCUUCGGCAUCCAACCCCAGCUGGAACCCCACCUCCCUGGUCACGGACUUGUGCAAAACGACGAACGUUCUCUUUCCACGCAUGGCAAUAACGGCACCUACCCUCGCCUCGCCAGGCUGUCUGAUGGCUCAAUACUGUCCGCAUACACCCGCUGGGAAGGCCCUACGCGCGUGCUUAAAGUAGGAAGAAGUACCGAUGGCGGCCAGCGCUUCGCGGAUUGGGGGGAAGUCACCCGAGGAAACGGCGACGUCGACAACAUGUUUCUGCUUGAGGUAACUCCCCCUGGGACCGUCUUAGCUGCAUUCCGAAACCACGACCUUGGCCCAUCGGGUCCGACCUGGUUCCGAAUUACAGUCUGCCAGUCCCAUGACGGAGGAAAGAAUUGGACAUAUCUGUCUCAGGCCGCCGAGAAGGGAGCCCCAUUUGGUCUCUGGGAACCGUUCAUGAGAAUCGGGCGCCAAGGAGAGGUCCAGAUGACAUUCUCGCAGGAGUUCGCACAUGACGAUCAGCGGACAAUGAUGGUCAAGUCGUACGACCAGGGCCGUACCUGGACAACACCUGUCUGCAUUGCCGGAGCGGAGGAGAGGCUCCGUGAUGGGAUGACCGGAAUCGCGCAGACAACGGAUAAUGGUCGAGAAGCCCUUGUUCUGGUCUUCGAGACGACCAGAUAUGGGACCUUCAAUCUUGAAGCGGUCAUUUCCUAUGAUGACGGCGCGAGCUGGCAUUGUCGCCACAUUGUUUACGCCCCGCCGCGAGGGCGAAAUGCGGGUUCACCGCAGAUUGCGUCUUUUGAAGAUGGGUCUUUGGUCGUCUCGUUCAUGACAGACGAGGAUGUUAUUGGUCCCAACUGGCCGGGUCUCUCUGCCACAAAGGUUGUUUUUGCAGGGCCUCCACGAAAUGGUCAAAUGCGUUGGAGUAAAUCCAGGCUUGUGUCUCCAGAGCCUAGUAUUUGGCCGGGUAUUUUCGCUUUGGACGCACAUCGUGCCUUGGUCACAUAUGACCAUUGUGGACCCAAGUGUAAGACGAUUACAUGGCAGCCCAAAUAAAAAUUUUCUUUCUCCCUGGCCUGUGCUGUGGAUAGGCUUUUUUUUUGGCAGAGGGGGAAAUCCGGGUGAGUUCUAGAACGGAAAUGAGAGCGAGAAAAAAGGAUUUGGACAUGUGCAGAGAUCAUUUACCGUAUGAAGAUCAUUCUUAGCUAGUACCAUAUACGGAGUACAUUGGAUGGAAAUACAAGAACAACCCUUUGUAAUCAACCUAGGUAGGCCCCAAUGAAUGAGAGUGCCAGUUUCC